AAUUGCCGACUCGCGAGCGCCACCAGGGAGCGGCGCGCGCCCCCACCUCUCCCUUCCGUCGCGAGGAGCCGGUGGAAGACACAGCACAGGAUAUAUUUCCCGCUCUGGAACGACUAGAUCAAACGCGAAGACCGCUACCGUCGAUCUGCGUUAAUUUUGAAGACAUUUAGGGGGGCAUGUAUUUAAAACAGUUGUUUCCUUAUUUUUUCUUCCACAGUUGACAGUUAGAAAAAAAAGCCAGCUAAACCGAUGCCCUUUCUAAACGGAAAUAUUUAACCGACUCAUGGAUUGCGGGUUAUUAUAGAUCCUAAGCGCUAGCGAAUCGGUUCCCCUGCCAGCGGAGUGUUACGUAACAGCGAGGCUUCAGCUAGCCGAGGUGCUGAACUGAACGGUGCUAGACUACCCGGGCGAGCCGAGGGGAACCAUAACCUUGCGUCACGGGCCUAUUCAUCGGAGGGAAUCGUAGAGGACCGAUCAUCGGACUCAGUGUCAAAAAAGGAAGCAAGCGGGGCUACCAAUCUCCCAUCUUUAUUCAUCGUUCCUCGGAAGAAUAUUCAUCGCUGAGUCGGUCGAUUCCACGGAGAGAAAAUGUCGGGGCAAACGCUCACAGAUCGCAUUGCCGCUGCGCAAUAUCAGCUAACGGGAUCCGAUAUGGCCCGUGGUGUCUGCAAAGCCACCACUCACGAGGUGAUGGCGCCCAAGAAGAAGCACCUGGAGUAUCUGGUGGGUGCCACCAACGCCACCAACGUGAACAUCCCCCAGAUGGCGGACACUCUGUUUGAGAGAGCCACCAACGCCAGCUGGGUGGUUGUCUUCAAGGCUCUCGUCACUAGCCACCACAUGUGUGUCCAUGAGGCAACGAGCGUGGAGUACUUGGCCUCCAGGACCUCUCUGUUCAACCUCAGCAACUUUAUUGACAAAACCGGUUCACACGGAUACGACAUGUCCACAUUUAUCAGACGGAAUGGACGCUACCUGAACGAGAAGGCCUUUGCAUAUCGCCAGAUGGCAUUUGAUUUCACAAAGGUCAAGAAGGGGGCGGAUGGCGUGAUGAGGACCAUGACCACGGAGAAGCUGUUGAAAGGCAUGCCCGUGCUCCAGACCCAGAUCGACACGUUGCUGGAGUUUGAUGUUCAUCCUAAAGAACUGAACAACGGAAUCAUCAAUGCAGCGUUCCUGCUGCUCUUCAAGGAUCUGGUGAAACUGUUUGCUUCCUACAAUGACGGUGUCAUCAACCUAUUAGAGAAAUAUUUCAAGAUGAAGAAGGGCGACUGUAAGGAGGCUCUGGAGAUCUACAAGAGGUUCCUGACCAGAGUGACCAAGAUCGGGGAGUUCAUGAAGAUGGCCGAGACUAUUGGAGUCGACAAGAAUGACAUUCCUGACAUCAACUAUGCUCCCAGCAGCAUCCUGGAGUCCCUGGAGACACACAUGAACGGCCUGGAGGACGUGAAGGGGGGGAAGAAGGGGUCUCCAUCAAAGGGCUCCCCUACAAACAAUGUGUCCCCCACUUCCACUCCGGCCAAAUCCUCCAACGCCGUCCCCACACUGCAGCCCCCGCCUGGGGAGGCCGCCGGUGCCGCCGCCGCCGCCGCCGCCGCCGCUGCUCCAGAACCAGUCGAGGACUCUCUGUUGGACCUGGAUCCUCUCUCCUCCUCAGGUCCAUCUGGACCCUCAGCAGCUCCUACUUCCUGGGGCGAUCUCCUGGGGUCAGAAAUGGGCGACUCCUUGUUAUCCGAACCCACCCUCACGGCUGAGGCCGCGCCCCCCUCCGCCGGGGCCACGCCCACUCCUGCCCCCACACCGACAGCAGCGGCAGCGGCAGCAGCAGCAGCAGCAGUAGCAGCAGUAGCAGACACCGGAGUCUCCCUAGCCCCUCCCACUAGCACGGCAGCUGUCGCCUCCUCCUCUUCCCCCAGCAACGCCAAUAUGGACCUGUUAGGAGAUGCCUUCUCCUCACCGGCCCCUGCAGCCCAGACCCCUGCAGCCCAGGCCCCCGCCACAGCCGACGGCGGGGCCCCUGCCCCCCCACCAGCCGCCGGCGCUGCAGCUGAUAUGUUCGAUGCAAUGCCAGAUACGAAAGUCUCCGGGGCUGAAGCCGCUCCCAGUGUGGAUCUUUUUGCAGCAGGGGAUAUGUUCUCCUCUCCCGCCCCCAACCUCUCGUCCACGACUCCCUCCAAAAUGGACAGUGGCGCCAUCAUGAAUCUGUUUGGUGAACCCGCGGGGGCCGAAGCCACACCCCCUGCGCCCGCGGGCCCAGGUGCCGAGCUGAUGUCAGCUUUCGAUGGCCUAGGAGACGUCAUGAAGCCAGCCGUCACCCCACAAGCCGCUGACCUUGAUGCCACCAUGGCUAGCAUGGCGGGGAAUCUCUCGCUUGGAGCCCAACCGACUCAGGUAGCUCCCCCAAGUUGGGGUGCUCCCAUGACCGCACCUGCUGGGGUCCCAACCUUUAUGGGCGCUUACCCCACCUACAGCAUGUCAGGGUCCCCAGGAGGCGGGGCCCCCAUGAUGCCUAUGCUUAGGCCAGGCCUCCCCGCUGCUGGAGCCGCCACUGGCGCCCCGAUGUCCCCGGGGGUCACCCAGAGCCCAAGGAGGCCCCCUCCCCCCCGAAACGCCCUGGACGACCUCAACAUUAAAGACUUCAUGUAGUCUCCUACCCAGAAAGCCCCCCUAAAGAGGUUGUCGUGUCUGGAGCUCUGCAGCUGUGGAUGUGUGCGCCUCCCCCUUACUGCCUUCCCCCUCGUUCCAGACCACCCCAAUCCCCCCCCCCCCCCCCCCCUCCUCUCAGCUAUACAUCAGCCAUCAGCUUACACAGCCCCUUAACUUAAACCCCCCCUCACCCCAUCAAAUGUUGUAGCACAACCGUGAAUGUGAACCCUAGAUACAGAAACAAAUAUUAUUCUGUUUAACGUGUGUGUAUGUGUGUGAGUAUGGGUGUACCUCAGUGUUAAUCUUUGCUUAGUAUAUUAUGAUGUAAAAAACAAAAAAAAACAACCCCCAAAAAAAUGACCCCCAUUGUAUUUAGAUUCAUUCUGGGUUUAUGUGUAUCAGGUGACUUUUUGAAUG